GUGCUUGGGGGUAAACUUGCGAGGGGCGGCGGGCACCCGGCGCGCGGAGCCCGAGGGUCGGAGCGCCCGGCGGAGCCGGUGCGGGCGAGGGCAGCAACUUUCCCCGAGCUCAGGCCCCGCGCUGCGCCCUGGCGCGCCGUCUACCCGGGUGGGUGACGCUUCCUCCCCGCCGCCGGUCCGUGCGGCCCGAGCCCCGAGUCUCCCGCGGCCCCCGGUGACCCGCCGGCUCCGCUCUGGCGCUCUCCUCCGAGGCCCUGUCCUCCCAACAGGGUUCCGCGGGCUCGAUGGAGCGCGCGGCGGGUCCCGUCCGAAAUGCCGCCUCGGGCCGGCUUCUCGAAAGCAAAGCCCCGGGGGCCCCCCUGGGACUGUGGUGUGCCGGGCGUGGUCCGCGCGCCGAGCCCGGGGCGUUGCUGGGGGAUCGUGGCCGGGGCUCCCCGUCCGCUCCGGUGCUGCCAGCUGUGCCCAGGGGGCGCGUUAUUUCUGCCUGUCCACCCCCAGACCCAGAGGAGCCGCGCGCCCUCGGGUUCGCCCGAAUCUGCCGGCUCCGCGCUCGCCGCGCCUGGACGGCCCCGGGACCCCGUCAGGUGGAUGUUGUGCGUAGCCGGAGCCAAGUUGAAGAGGGAACUCGAUGCCACCGCAACAGUACUGGCGAACCGGCAAGAUGAAAGCGAGCAGUCCAGAAAGCGGCUUAUCGAGCAGAGCCGAGAGUUCAAGAAGAACACUCCAGAGGAUUUGCGCAAGCAGGUAGCGCCGCUGCUGAAGAGCUUCCAGGGGGAGAUUGAUGCACUGAGUAAAAGAAGCAAAGAAGCCGAGGCAGCCUUCUUGAAUGUCUACAAAAGAUUGAUUGACGUUCCAGAUCCCGUGCCGGCUCUGGACCUCGGGCAGCAACUCCAGCUCAAAGUGCAGCGUCUGCACGACAUUGAAACAGAGAACCAGAAGCUGCGGGAAACUCUGGAAGAGUACAACAAGGAAUUCGCUGAAGUGAAAAACCAAGAGGUUACGAUAAAAGCACUUAAAGAAAAAAUCCGAGAAUAUGAACAGACUCUGAAGAACCAAGCGGAGACUAUAGCUCUCGAAAAGGAACAAAAGUUACAAAAUGAUUUUGCAGAAAAGGAGAGAAAGCUGCAGGAGACACAGAUGUCCACCACCUCAAAGCUGGAGGAAGCGGAGCACAAAGUCCAGACUCUGCAGACAGCCCUGGAAAAAACCCGAACAGAAUUAUUUGACCUGAAAACCAAAUACGAUGAAGAAAUUACUGCCAAGGCCGACGAAAUUGAAAUGAUCAUGACGGACCUUGAAAGAGCAAACCAGAGGGCAGAGGUGGCUCAGAGAGAGGCGGAGACCUUGAGGGAACAGCUCUCGUCGGCCAACCACUCUCUCCAGCUGGCCUCGCAGAUCCAGAAGGCGCCGGACGUGGAGCAGGCCAUAGAGGUGCUGACCCGCUCCAGCCUGGAAGUGGAGUUGGCCGCCAAAGAGCGGGAGAUCGCCCAGCUGGUGGAGGACGUGCAGAGACUCCAGGCCAGCCUCACGAAGCUGCGGGAGAACUCGGCCAGCCAGAUCUCCCAGCUCGAGCAGCAGCUGAGUGCCAAGAACAGCACGCUCAAACAACUGGAAGAAAAACUCAAAGGACAGGCUGACUAUGAGGAAGUGAAGAAAGAACUAAGCAUUCUGAAAUCCAUGGAGUUUGCACCGUCCGAGGGAGCUGGGACACAGGACGCAUCCAAGCCCCUGGAGGUGCUGCUGCUGGAGAAGAACCGCUCGCUGCAGUCCGAGAAUGCCGCGCUGCGCAUCUCCAACAGCGACCUGAGCGGGUCAGCCAGGAGAAAAGGGAAAGACCAGCCUGAGAGUCAGCGUCCUGGACCUUUGCCGGCCUCCCCUCCUCCUCAGUUGCCCCGCAACACGGGGGAGCAGGCUUCCAAUACUAAUGGUACACACCAGUUCUCACCAACGGGGUUAACGCAAGACUUUUUCAGCUCAUCCCUGGCAAGCCCCAGCCUGCCCCUGGCUUCUACGGGAAAAUUUGCACUAAACUCUCUCCUCCAGCGACAGCUAAUGCAGUCCUUCUACUCCAAGGCCAUGCAGGAAGCAGGAAGCACAAGCGUGAUUUUUUCAACAGGUCCAUACAGCACAAACUCCAUAUCUUCCCAAAGUCCAUUACAACAAAGCCCAGAUGUAAAUGGCAUGGCCCCGUCUCCCAGCCAGUCAGAAAGUGCUGGGAGCGUCUCCGAGGGCGAGGAGAUAGACACUGCGGAAAUCGCCCGGCAGGUGAAGGAGCAGUUGAUCAAGCACAAUAUCGGACAGCGCAUUUUCGGACAUUAUGUCUUGGGACUGUCUCAAGGGUCCGUGAGCGAGAUUCUGGCCCGGCCCAAGCCAUGGAAUAAACUGACCGUUCGCGGCAAGGAGCCCUUUCACAAGAUGAAGCAGUUCCUCUCGGACGAGCAGAACAUCCUGGCUCUUCGCAGCAUCCAAGGCAGACAAAGAGAGAAUCCAGGCCAGAGCCUGAACAGACUAUUUCAGGAAGUACCGAAACGAAGAAAUGGGUCUGAAGGUAACAUCACGACCCGGAUCCGAGCCUCCGAGACCGGGUCCGAUGAAGCAAUCAAGUCCAUCCUGGAACAAGCCAAAAGAGAGCUGCAGGUGCAGAAAACCGGUACGGAUUCCACUUUUUUGACCACUGCCUUCCAAACUCAGAAGAAUUGUCCUAAGGGUUCUGCAGAGCCGGCCCAGCCUUCUUCUGCAUCCAGCAGCGGGAGCUCGGACGACGCCAUCCGCUCCAUCCUGCAGCAGGCCCGCCGCGAAAUGGAGGCCCAGCAGGCCGCCCUCGACCCCGCCUUAAAGCCAGCGCCACUGUCCCAGGCCGACAUUGCCAUCCUGACCCCCAAGUUGAUACCCUCCUCGCCCAUGUCGUCCGUGUCCAGCUACCCUCCGCUCGCCCUCUCCCUGAAGAAGCCCCCGUCCGCCCCCGACGCCAGCGCCUCCGCUCUGCCCAACCCCCCGGCCCUCAAAAAAGAGUCCCAGGACGCGCCCGGGCUGGACCUCCAGGGAGCGGCCGAGUCUGCACAGGGCGUCCUGAGACACGUGAAGAACGAGCUGGGCCGCAGCGGCGUGUGGAAGGACCACUGGUGGAGCACCGUCCAGCCGGAGAGGAAGAGCGCCGUUCCUCCCGAGGACACCAAGCUGGAAGAAGCCAGCAGCGCGAAGGAGAAGGGCGGUGGCGGCCAGCCGCGGGCGGAGCGCGGCCAGCUCCAGGGACCCUCGUCGUCAGAGUACUGGAAGGAGUGGCCCAGUGCCGAGUCGCCGUACUCCCAGAGCUCGGAGCUGAGCCUGACCGGAGCCAGCCGCAGCGAGACGCCCCAGAACAGCCCCCUGCCCUCCUCCCCGAUCGUGCCCAUGUCCAAGCCCGCCAAGCCCUCGGUCCCUCCGCUGACCCCGGAGCAGUACGAGAUCUACAUGUACCAGGAGGUGGACACCAUCGAGCUCACCCGGCAGGUGAAAGAGAAGCUGGCCAAGAACGGCAUCUGCCAAAGGAUCUUCGGGGAGAAGGUACUGGGCCUGUCCCAGGGCAGUGUCAGUGACAUGCUGUCCCGGCCGAAGCCUUGGAGCAAGCUGACCCAGAAAGGCCGAGAACCCUUCAUCCGGAUGCAGCUCUGGCUGAACGGCGAGCUGGGCCAGGGUGUCCUGCCUGUCCAAGGGCAACAGCAAGGGCCAGUCCUCCAUUCUGUGACGUCACUACAGGACCCCCAGCAGCAGGGCUGCGUGAGUUCAGAAAGCACUCCCAAGACCUCUGCCAGCUGCAGCCCUGCGCCCGAGUCGCCGAUGAGCUCUAGCGAAUCAGUGAAGAGUUUGACUGAACUGGUCCAACAGCCCUGUCCCCCCAUCGAGACGAAUAAGGAUGGCAAGCCUCCGGAGCCCAGCGACCCGCCCGCCUCGGACUCCCAGCCCGCCACGCCACUGCCUCUCUCGGGACACUCGGCCCUCAGCAUUCAAGAGCUGGUGGCCAUGUCUCCCGAGCUGGACACCUACGGCAUAACCAAGAGAGUCAAGGAGGUGCUGACAGACAACAACCUCGGUCAGCGCUUAUUUGGGGAGACCAUCUUGGGGCUCACCCAAGGCUCCGUCUCCGACCUCCUUGCUCGCCCAAAACCCUGGCACAAGCUCAGUCUGAAGGGACGGGAGCCCUUCGUCCGGAUGCAGCUAUGGCUGAAUGACCCCAACAACGUGGAGAAGUUGAUGGACAUGAAACGGAUGGAAAAGAAAGGGCGCUGCGCGGAUCUGCAAGCCCACGUCACCGAGGCCAUGGCCACGGCCGCUGAGCAGAGGGACCUGAUCGCCCGCUUGGAGCAGGACCUCAGUACCAUCCAGUCCAUUCAGCGGCCAGACGCUGAGGGCGCCGCUGAGCACGGCCUGGAGAAGAUCCCAGAGCCCAUCAAGGAGGCCACUGCCCUGUUCUACGGCCCCUCGGCACCAGCCGGCGGCACCCUCCCCGAGGGCCAGGUAGACUCGCUGCUUUCCAUCAUCUCCAGCCAGAGGGAGCGCUUCCGCGCCCGGAACCAGGAGCUGGAGUCCGAGAACCGCCUGGCCCAGCACACCAUCCAAGCCCUGCAGAGCGAGCUGGACAGUUUGCGUGCCGACAACAUCAAGCUCUUCGAGAAGAUCAAGUUCCUGCAGAGCUACCCGGGCCGUAGUGGCAGCAGUGACGACACAGAGCUGCGGUACUCCUCCCAGUACGAGGAGCGCCUGGACCCCUUCUCCUCCUUCAGCAGGCGGGAGCGGCAGCGGAAGUACCUGAGCCUGAGCCCUUGGGACAAGGCCACACUCAGCAUGGGACGACUGGUUCUCUCCAAUAAGAUAGCACGCACCAUUGGCUUCUUCUACACACUGUUCCUGCACUGCUUGGUCUUCCUGGUGCUCUACAAGCUGGCGUGGAGCGAGAGCAUGGAGAGGGACUGUGCCACCUUCUGCGCUAAGAAGUUCGCUGAUCACCUGCACAAGUUCCACGAGAAUGACAAUGGGGCGGCCGCCGGUGACUUGUGGCAAUGAGUCCCCGGGGGCCCCCCCGACACGACAGUGAUGGCUGCAUUCUGCCCCCCUGCUUGUUCAGCUGCUUCUAAUGAUUUAGACUUCCCUGGAGAAUUCCCCUAAGAAACCACCCACCGGUGCCAGAGGUCCAGGUUCCCCCCCACCGUGCCCCCUUAAAAGAAUGUCUUAGCCAUAUCAGGCCCCCUAGGUCCAAAAAGCUCCCAAGGCCCAGCCAGGCUAAGGUCCAAGGGGCCCCCUCAGCCCCAUCUUAGGGGCGCCACCCACAGCCUGGCCAUCAGGCCUGGUGGCAGUCACCUCCCAGUUAUGAUGCUGAUGGAGUCCUCACUGAUUCUGGCCAUGGUUAAUCCAGCUGGGAACCCACGGGCCUCUCUGUGCCAGACUCUGGGAUCCCCUAGGGCCCCCCUAGGAUCUACCACCACUCCCCAAGAGAUAGAGGGCCCUUCCUAACAGGCCAGCAGGCUUUGAGUCCCCACCCCACCCCAAGAAGGGGAGGCCCCGGCGGGCACGGGAUAGUUUUCCAUGACCUCCUUCCUGCCCCCAGACCCACUGUGAUUUUUGCUUUCUUCUUUAGCAAGCUAUUUUGGCUUCUAGGCAAGGACGGGUCUCCAGUGAGCCCCUGGGCUUCAGGGUCUUCAGACCCAAGGACUGGUCCAAGGGGCCCAGGUGUUUUUCUCAGCCAAGCAGAACUGGCCAUGGGCCAUCGUUGCGUGGCCACCUUGGGGCCACUGGCCGAUCCUCCUAGGUUAGAUUUGCACUCGCGUGUUCAGCUUUGCACAUUUCAAAUAAACACAUGGUUGCAGCGACA